CUAAUGUGUCGUAAAUGGUAGUUGCUACUAUUGUAAUAGAUAUAAUUAACAUUUAAAAACAUGUUUCUUCAGAGAUUGCUAGGAGAAUACAGAAAAAGUAGUGAUUUUUUCUCUAGUUCCUUUUCUGGGUGAAUCCUGUAGUGCUUAAAAUUCCAGACUGCACCUUCAAUUUUCAUGCAUUCUGUAUCUAGCACAUAGUAUUCACUUAAGUGUUGAUUUUUAUUUUAAAUUGUUGUGUAGAGCAGCAACGAUUAUGUUUAUUAAAGUGAGUGUACUGACCACUUGAAAUAAAGAAUUGCAUGUUCAGUGCUAAAGUUAACCAGAUAAUAGGAAGAUCUGAAAAGGUGUGUGUACUAUAAAGAUGGUGAAUACUCUGUGUGUGUAGGUUAAUUCCCCAGGUGACCACAGGACCUCUAGGUGAGAAAAGUAAGUUGCUUAUCAUCUCCAUCUUUUAUCCAGUUUAACAUUUGAUCUGCUGAUGACCUUAAACACCCCUGCACUGUAUGGUUCCCGUUGACCUCAUCAUACAGGACAGGGCUUACAGAGGAAGGAGGUGGUGGUCACACUUAGAGGAAUACUCUAUAUUGUGCCACCCUGUGAUGGUGAAACUCUUGAAAGAAAGCUACAGUCUGCUCACAAACUUAACACAACCUCUAGUCUAUUUAGGGCUGCACAGGGCUCAUUUUAUUGGUUGUUAUGAGAACCAUCUCUGGAUAGGAGAAAGGGGGCAGGUAGUACAGAUGGGUAUACAGGACUUAUUGAUAACAUUACUAAAUGUGUCACUAAAUCUAUUGAUUUUUAGGUCUGGUAUCUGCCCAGUGUACCUUUAGGCAGGGCUCAUCCGCUAGAGGAUUCAUCCUUAGAUGAACGUCAGGGCUAUAGAGUGAGGGGCUACAUGUAGAAAUCAGUUGGUCAGGUUCAGCAUUAGCGUCCGAAUUCUUCACCUCCUUUUUUGGCACUUGCUAUGAAAUUUAGCCUUAUUUUUUACUCUGCUGCUAGGGAGUGAACCAGAUUAAAACACUUUGAAGCUAGAAGACUGUAGUGCUGCUUUGUAACCUACAUUUCUCUUGGUUUUUUGCAAGUGUAGUUAGCUAGAAGGGUUUUCUUAGAGCAGCUCUGGCAGAUGUGGUCUGGCUACUGACUUCCAGUCCGUAGUUCACCUGCUUUUAAGGCCAGUUGAGACCGGCCACGCGUCCCUGCCAGCCUGGAGUCCCCGCCGUGCCUCCUGCCUAGGCUUCAGCAGACCUCACCAAAAUGCCGUCUCAAACGGAACACGCCAUGGAAACCAUGAUGUUCACAUUUCACAAAUUUGCUGGGGAUAAAGGCUACUUAACAAAGGAGGACCUGCGAGUACUCAUGGAAAAGGAGUUCCCUGGAUUUUUGGAAAAUCAAAAAGACCCUCUGGCCGUGGACAAAAUAAUGAAGGACCUGGACCAGUGCCGAGACGGCAAAGUGGGCUUCCAGAGCUGCUUUUCGCUAAUCGCCGGGCUCACCAUUGUGUGCAAUGACUAUUUUGUGGUGCACGUGAAGCAGAAGGGAAAGAAGUAGGCGGGACUGAGCAGUUACUCCUGCCCUGAUAAGAAGUCUCCCAAAGGGUCGCUUAAGGAAUGUGCCCCACAGCUUCCCCCUGUAUAAGGAUUUCCUGAGCAGAUUGGGACCCUUAAAAAAUGUACAAAUAAAACCCAACUCCCCUUGGAGAAGCAGAGAAAGAAAAGUCAGUUAAAGCCAGAUAAGCUUUUGAUUUUUAUAUUGCUUGCAUCCUCUUAUCCUCAAUAAACAAAAUCAUUUUUUAGUUCUGAAAAAAAAAAAGGCCAGCUGAAAGGAUGCCUGGGAAGUGAUGCCAUUCAUUUGGUUUUAUUCUUUUAAAAAUUUUUUAAAUUGAAGUGUAUUUGAUGUACAAGUUACAAGUGUACAAUAAAGUUCACAAUUUUAAAGGUUA